GUGUCCAGCGAAGAAGGAACCGGCAGAAGAUGUAGCAUAAAAUCAGAUGGGGCUGGAGACGAAGAGAUGGCAGGUGCGAGGGCUUGACAGACCAACAACCAAUUCCCAUCCAAAUUUCAAUUAUUUACUACAAAAAUUCAAGUAAAAGAAAAAAUAACGGUUAAUGCCAAGACGUUGGUAGAAAUUCAGAAUAUAAGGACGGAUCCCCUAAAGAAAGUAUAAAGUAAAGACUAAGGACUAACGUUGAAUGUCGAAAUAGUAAAAUGCGAUCGUUUCAUCGUGACCACUUUUUCGUGAAAGGAUGGCCAUACUCGUAUGCUUUAAUUUUCUACGUCUUGUCACUCCACGUCCUGGACACAAACACCAGAUCUUCGUCUCCACAUUGGAAACUGGAGAAUAAUGGAAAUGAUCUAGUACCAAAACCUGUGGGUACAGGGUCAGCAGGCGCUGAUCUCAAUGGAACAACUGUCGCGUCAUUGUCAUUAAGAGGGUUGUUAAGUACAAGAGAAGAAGAUGAUCUCGUGUUCCAGAUUCUAGCUUCAACCGUCGUGAAUUCGGGAGGAUGGAUGAAAAACGGUCAAGAGGUGUAUUGCCCAAGUUGUCCAAUGGGCCAACACCACAGACUUCAAGAUGACGAUGGAAGCCUUUAUGUUACUUCAGUGGACGAUGGUACCCAUGAGCCGUUGGAGUGUGGAAAACCAGAAUCAGUCAUAACCUAUUACGAUCAGUUGAUGGGUAUUGCGAAUCGGCAUAACCAUCCGCACAUUCCAGAACCCCAAGUGGCAAUGCAUUUUAAAAAGAAGGGCAGUAAAAAAGACACAAUUGACUUGAACGCCUUGGAAAGAAAGUUGCGUAAAGCAAAGAAAGAGAAACCGAGUUCAGUACAGUUACAGAACCAGAUUGGAAACUUUAACCGGAUUAAAGGGCACACGCUAAGAGCAAUCGAGUGUUUCCGAAGGGCCCUAGCAGUCGCUCCCAACAAUCCGGAAGUUUUAUUGAAUCUCGCUCGAUUGCUGUUCACCCUUCAAUAUCUUGACGACUCUCUCUUUUUGGCAAGACGGUCACUAGAGUUGCAAGCUCCUGACCGGAAUGCCUGGGCUCAGCAUUUUGCACUUGGCGAAAUUUUACGGGCGUAUGGCCAUCACAGGGAGGCUUUAUUACAUUUUAAGCAUACGCUUGAAUUACGUCCAGAUCACACGGAAGCACAAGAGCAGCUUCGCGAGCUUGAAAUUUUACUCGCAGGAACAGGAUUACAUACCGUUACAUUAAUAAUAAUCAUCUUGCUUGUCCUUGGCGUCGUUCUGGUCAUGGUUUCCAGUUUGGAAAAUGAUGAGGCUGCAGAUUCUAACCAAAAUCGUGCAAGUCGUCAUUUCAGUCGAGCACUAGCAAUGCGCAGUUUGAAACUUGGAAUUUCACCAAGAUCAUUACGAGGCGGCAAAAGAGGAACGUAAACUAACCACCUUAUAUUGAUCAAGAUGUUCGUAGACUUCUCAAAAAAUGUCAAAAUAGAAAUUUAAUUUGUUAUACAUACACAAUUUGUUAUUAUAUAUGCGUUGACACGAACGUUUAAUUUGUGACUGUAAAAUCUGACUGAUAUCGGAACAUAACUAAUUUAAUUGACAGUAAUUUCAAGGUGUCUUUUCUUUUCGAAGGAAAACUUUGUUCUGUUCGUUCUUGUCGUUUCGAAUGUCUUCAAAAGUCAGAAUACUUAUAACGCUUCAUUAUUACUAUAUUAUACAUUACAGAACUUGAUUAUUGUUUGCCGAUUAAUGAGUCCCGUCGUCCUGAUUAACUCAAAAUAAUAAUAAUGUUGCUCUAGUCAUGACCGAUAAUUACCUUAUCUGAACAGGAAUAUGAUCAAACCCAUAAUAAAUUCAUGUAAUAAUAGUUAUAA